CGUUUCUGUUAGUCAGUCUCGAAUCGUCCGUGUGUGCUGUUUGUUUGUCGGUGGUGUCUAUCUUUUGCGCUCCUGCGCUGAACUCUUCCCUUUCCAAAUGAAUGUAACUUUUUGUGCUGCUUGACGGGCUUCUAGAGGAGAGACCAUUCAAAGCAAAGACGACGAGGGCGAUAUCAAUUAUUACAAAACAAACUAAUUAUCAUCUUCUGGCUGGGAAUUGUGUGUAUGAUUACAGUGGAAUUUUAAGUGGCUCAAUAGGAAUUAAGCUGCAGGAUUAUCAAUCGCAAAUUUCGGGAAGUCAAAGUUGCGUGUGUGUCAGUGGAGUGACAUUCUAUUUUGAAGUGCUGUCAAUGAGUAAUAAUUAAUUAUUGUACAACAAUUCAGCUAAUUGAGCUAUCGAGUAAUCAAAGGGCUGAAUUUUCUUUCGAAAACACACCCCGUGUAAAAUUGAGCGGCUUCUUUAUGUUACACAAAGCGAAUAGAUCCAAAAGCAAAACCAUCCAAACACUACAGAGCGGCAGCAGCGCGAGUGCAGGUGAAAUUUUUCGAUACAUUGAAUUACAAAUCCCCCAGCGAUCGACGAAGACCCGGGUCAGAGCGACGGUAUCUAUCGUCACCAAGUUUUAAUAUGUACAUAUAAUUACUGGUCUCGGUCGGGGUUCGAGUAUCAGAAUUGUGUGCGGGAGCGCUGGACUUAGAAAAUUGCCUUGCUGUUGUAAUACACCGCUGAGCGGCGGCAGCAGUAGCAGCGGCUUAAACGCGUUUUUACGUAAUAUCCCUCAACGCUGGCGCUUGCCGGCCGUUUAAGAUCUAUCUCUGCCUUUGGUAGACCGUUUCUUUAGUAUCAUAUUUGCGUGUGGAUAUAAACUUGAAGGGUAUACUAUAUAUCCGAGGGUCGUUGUGAUCAACAUAAUAACGAAGGAAGCUGGUCCAAAAUAAGCGGACACUGUGCAGCUUAGAGGACAGUAAACGUGAAGUUUCAUAGAAGAUAAAACUACGGACAGUAUACAGCAGCAAUGUCGAUCGAGGAGCGAUUCAAUGCCGCUGUAAACGUUAUUCGUGGACUGCCGAAAAAUGGUCCCUAUCAGCCUAGCAAUGAUAUGCUGCUUAAUUUCUACUCGCUUUUUAAGCAAGCGACCCAUGGAAAGUGCACCGAACGGCGACCUGCAUUCUGGGACGUGAUUAGAAGAGCGAAACAUGACGCUUGGAACCGGUUAGGCAACAUGCCGAAGGAGGUGGCCAUGCAGAAAUACGUCGAUGAGCUGAAGAAGAUAGUGGAAACAAUGUCGUACAACGACAAUGUGGCCAACUUUCUCGAGUACAGCUCGCCCGAUCUGGACAGCAGUGUCAACAUCAGCGAUCUCGAGAUGGUCGCUCCGGAGGCUAUCCAGAAGGUACGCUCCCGUCCAAAUUCACCACUGGCUUCACGAGAUACCAGCCCAGCUCGGGUCUCACCAGUUACACAAUCACCGACAAUGAUCAACGCCACAUGCCCAGCAGCAGCAACAGCGGUACCCCCACUGGUCAAUGGAUACCAGCACCAAAAUGGCGCAGUAGUUAAACCACUGCUCACAAACGGUCACCACCAUCACCAGCAUCACCACUAUCAAAACGGAAAUGUUCAGUCGAGCGACGAAGAAGACGAGUAUAUCGACACGGUGGAUGAUUCCGAGACCGAGUCCACGUUCCGUCCGAUCGAGACCGUCCAUUCGUCUCGAAGUCGUUUGUCGCAGCAGAGUGCCUCCGCUGCUGGUAUCGACCGGGAACAGUACCACAGCCUCGGCUCGUCGGCAUCGUGGGUUGUUGGCAAUGCCGAGGUUACCGCUCAGCUGACAAGGGCUAUCGAGCGACUGAAUGCCAGCGUUCAGCAGGUGAACAACCGGGUCAAUGUGGUGGAACAGUCUGUUGCCAAUUUGCGCAGUGCCCAGCAGAAGAUGGAUAAAACCCAAUCGCGAGCUGCUGUGGCCCGGGAUUAUCCACCAUGGUGGCCUUUCGAGGAGAUUUCACCUCGAAUGUUAACUCUUAUCAUUCUGUGGCCACUGGUGGUCAACAGAAUCUUCAUUUGGUUGCAACGAAGGAAAUGAGCGCAGAGAACGGAGAAGAACAUGUUGCUAUUUUGUUUUUAUUUUUCUAGAACAUAUUCGUGCGCGACGUGUAAAUAUUAGUGUUUUAGUUGAAGGUCCUGGUCCUGUUCGAUGAAGGCAACAAACAUGAAAAGAAAACCAUUCCGGUUGACUAUGAAAAGAUCGAAGAUGGGCAAUUUGCAAUUAUCAGCAUUACCAUAUAUGCGUAGAUUAGCAUCCGAGUGAGCAUCAGAUGAGAUGAGACACAAAGUAAAGCAUUCAACUGAUCAAUCAAAGUGCAAUUCAUUUGUUUAGUCGUUUAUCACUACAUUCCUCCCAGUUCAAUACUAUAGAUUGCUUGUUGAAAAAAAAGAAAACAUUUUGCUUCAUAGAAGAUCAAACUCGAACUAAGAACACAUUCAAAUGUUACCAAAAGGAAAACGGAAUCCUACUAUGUCACGGUGUUUUUGUUUAUUUAUUUUUUAUACUUUGUACAUUCGAGGUGUUUGAUGACAACAUUCUAAUAAACCAUUAAAAACCGAACGCAACAA